AUGUUAAUUGCUAUCCCAAUUAAUGUACUGUCACAUAAAUUUUGGACACUUAAUGAACUUUUUGCAGAACUGUAUGGUUUUGACAUCCUGGUGGACUCAGAACUAAAACCAUGGCUGUUAGAAGUUAACCUAUCCCCAUCACUGGGCUGCGACUCUCCAUUAGAUGUCAGAGUGAAGUCUGCAAUGUUGGUGGAUCUUCUAACUCUAGUGGGACUACCAGCAAUUGAUCCAAUGCUGCGGCGUAUAAAUGAACCUCAUCAUCACAGUAACCCUGCUGAUAGUACCAAGAAGCUUAAUUGUAGGCGGGUGCAUUCAGCAGAUACACUUACAGUAACAGCAACAGGGUCAAGGAGAGCAAACAGUUCGUCAGCACGUUUAACUUACAGCUCACUUUCACUCAGCCCAGAAGAAUCUAGAAUUGUUCGUUGUGCACGCUUGGAAUACGAGCGCCGUGGUGGAUUUGUGCGAAUCUUUCCUUCAGUUGAGAGCUGGAAUCGUUACAGUGCAUUUCUUGAUCCUGUGACUGGUAUAACUUGCCACAGUGGCACUACUUCAAUGGGGCACCCUUGCUCAACAACUGGAUUAAUUCAGCACAACUAUAACUUGACAUUGCAUCAGCAGUUAUUUCCUGGGGAGAUUAAGAAAGUUCAACAACAACCACGUUCAGUACCAAAACUUCCUGAGCGAUUGGCACGUUAUGAACGAGCACUAGCUCAAGGACAUUGUACAGUUCUUGAAGAGAAGAAUCAGUCAUCACAGAAGACUGAGGAAGGAACUAACAAACUGAAUCCAAACAGAUACGAUGUUAAUUCAUUGCGCCAAGAAAUCCUGCACUGCUUUGAGAAAGGCAACAGGCUCAGCCAGAAUCAAGCACGCAGGAUCUUCUGCCAGUACUUGCAAUGUAUAUUACGUCGCCUUGCCAACAAAGAAGGUUUUGAUACAGAUGAUGAUAACAACAGUGAGCUUAUAUUGCGAUUCUUACAAAGGGCAUCAAGUAAUCUGCGUACACCAUACUUUGUUCAGCCUCCAAACAGAAAACUAUCUGGCAAAGACAGAGUAGCUGUAGUUGCAAAACAGUUAUCAGACUUCAUUUAUCUGUAUAGCCGUGAAACUGAGCUCUACACAGAAGCAACAGACCGUCCACACUGUAUACCGUCAGAAUUAUGCACCAGGUUUCUAAUUUUUGCAAGUGAGUCUGAUCUGGAGGAAGUCCUGUCAGCUCAUUCGCGUGUGUUUAAGUGUGUGCACACGUACCUAGGACGUUGUGGACCAGCCCCAACAACUCGUCACCCAUUGGGUUUGCUGCGUUCAUAUCCACAUGCACCUGGAGGUACAUCUUGUGAGACUCGUCGUGCCUCUCUUUCAAAACAACCUGCUGCUAAAAGGGCAUCUGCUACUAAAGUCUCUAGAGCACUGUGAUACAUUGUGGUAUAUGAUUUUUACGUAUCCGUUCCAUGUAUGUGACAAGCUAGUCAUGUAAAGUAUUGCCUUGACGUUGUUAGUUGAUUUUGUCGUGGGUUAGGAAAAGUAUUUCUUGAAAUGAUAACUUUGAUAAUGGUAGUGCUACUGUUGUAUUUUAAUUGUUUUUAUUUAUUUUGUUGUUGGAGACAGUGAUUAAAAGAAGUAUUUUAGACGGCCUUCCUGUUUUUAUGGCUGCCUGAAAUAGCAGCCGUUAAAAAAAGUCUGUGAUCUUUGUAUAAGUUAAAUCCUCAUUUUUGCAACAGUAUGUGGCAUUUUUUAUAAAAGAAUUCCAUGUGAGUGAUGGGUCAUGGUGCAAUCACAAUUAUUUUUUUGAUAUUUGUUUUUAUAUAUUUACUCACAGGGUACUUUUUAGAGUUGUGAACAGUGUCAAAGGCUGCAGUGGCAUAAUUUCAGUAUUUUGUUAUUUAUUUAGCUAGAUAGUGUUAGUCAGUGCAGCCUUUCCAUCUUUCUAAUUAUUUAUGUUAUUUAUUAUGUCAUUCAACUACUAAUACCUUCUUGUAUAAUAUCUUAUUAUUGUUCGUUAAGAGAUUGGACAAAUGUAUUGUUUUGAAGGACUGUUUUUUGGUGCUUUAUUGGAGGCAACGAAAGGAAAGAAACACUGCCAGAGCAAUUGUUCAUUGUGAUUGUGAUUACAAUUUAAUUUUCUGUAUGCAGUGGUGAAUUGUGACAUAAACAAAACAAAUUGUGUUGAAGGCUGAUGCAAUGAUUUUAUCUUGUACAAUAAUGACAAAUCAAGCAAAGUUAUUUUGAAUAAAUUUCAGUUGCUCAAUUGCUUUUUAACAAUAGUCACCAGUAGAACAAUACUGCACAUGCAGCAACUCCCAACAAUUUUUCAUCCAUAAAGUACAAUUAAAUAAGCAAGUUACCAGUAGUGCCAUAGAAACUGUACGUUGAGGGGUGCUAUGAUAAAUAAUUAUUAUUAAGUUCUCAUAAAUGAACAUUAUUUUUAAAAUAGAUUUUAUACACAGUUAAGACUCCCUUCCUCAUGGUAAUGGUUUAUAAUUACAUAUACCUAAACUUCAAGUAUUCUUGCACAGGAAUUUCGUGUCAUUAAUGCAUAAAACUAAUUUUGUUGAUGUUUGUGCCAUGUGAAAUGCAAGUUUCCAGAAUUUUUAUAAUACAUUAACAUUGUUUUGCUGAAUGGACAAAAAAAUCUGGAGGAAAAACUAUAAAUGGCACAAACUAAAUCAUCUGAAUAUUAGUUUACAGAUAACACACAAACAUAAUUUGGCUUUUAACUAGGACAAGAUACAAACUUCUUUCUGAAUGAGUAAGGUUUGUGAGCAGUAAUGAUGGCUCAGAGAUUUAUAUUGUAAAGCUUACUUGUGAAACUGUUCACAAAAAUUAAAGCUAGAAGUUAAAUUUGAUAGAAAUCAUCAUAAUAAAUUACUUUAAGGUUCACUAUCUUGUUGGCAUCAGUUUGAGAAAUACUACAAAAAUGUAGUUUCACCACCAGAGAUUUUCCCCAGUCCCCUCCCCGCCUCCCAUAAAGGAACUUAAGAAGGUAAAUUUGUGAGAUGUUCUCAGACAGUGUGGGGAGAAGAAUGAGUCAGAGGCAAAUGUGAACUUUGUAAGUGUGUUGGGGUAACGGAUUACUUGCACUGCAUCAUAUGUUAUUGAAUGAGAAAAUUCAUUUAAUUUUUUGUUCAGUGUAUGAGUAAAAUAUAUAAAACUUCAAGGACAUAUAAUUUUUCAUUUUUUUUGGUAAGGCAGUGGUUAUUCUCAACUUACAAUUACUGUCAUCAGUUUCAUCUACCCCUCUUAGGUCAAUAACUCUUGGCUGCUCAAUAACUCUUGGCUUCAUUGAGUCACAAAAUAAAGCAGAUAUCCAUGUAAUGAUACUGCACCGGUCUUUAUUUGGGAGCAAUGUUUUAUUUAAAUUAUUUGAGUAUUAGUCUUUAAUAUUUUUGUUUUCCCUGCCUACUCAAUGUGCAAACUGUGCAAAAUGAGAAAUACUGAAACAAAAGGAGAACAGCUGAUACUAUGCUGACUUCCUUACUAUGAGGAAUACAAAAUACUUGUCAGUGAAUUUAAUCAAUAGUAGCAUCAAUGAGAAAUGUAAACAGUUCUUCUAAGUAGCUGAGCUGCCUCUCUUGGAAGUAAUGCUAUAUGGGAAAAGCAGUCAUUAAAUCUACUUGGGCAAGAGUACUUAAUUACUGGUAUAAUAUUGGUAUAAUUACUUUUCUUUUGGCUUUUAGUUAUAAAUGUGCGUGCAGCUUUUUUAAUGAAAUAGUAACAACAUAUGGCUCAUCUGUCCCCUAACCCCUUCUCUCUCUCUCUCUCUCUGUCUCUCUCUCUCUCUCUCUCUCUCUCUCUCUCUCUCUCUCUCUCUCUCUGAGACAUUACUUACCCACGCAAUUAAUGCACAAAAAAUGUCAAAGUCUUUCAGAAUUAAUGUUUAAAAGCUUUUAAAGCAAUAAUCACACUAGCUUUUAGCUCAGAAGUUAAAGCUACAUUUUUCACUAUAUGGAGAAUUCCACUGUAUAAUCUUACAGAAGAGACUGUUCUGGUCAUUAAGGUGCUCUUUAUUAUUAUUUUAUUAUUACUGAAUAGCAGUGGUAUUAGAUUAAGUGGUUGCUCAUGUGGUGACAAUUGUGGUCAAUCAAUCUAUCAUAAAUACAUAACAUUUAAAUGCUGAACUUUAAUAAUUAACAAUAUUCACAUUCAAAUAAGGAUGAAGUGGACAGGAAACUAGAAAAGUGGCUUAGUUAUUUUGAAAGCUGGAUAUAUAUUGAUACAAACUAUCUUGUCUCAGUUGGGCUGAUUUCUCAUCCCAUAUUAAAUUAUCACCUCUUUUCCUUUCAUUUCAUUUGUCGUUGAUUUAUGACAAAGAUUUUUUCCUCUAAAAAAUAGAAUUAGCUAACAAAGUCAUAAUUUUCACUGUAAACAGAAAGGCCUUUGAAUGAGAAAUUUUAUUAUCUUUCAUAGAUGUGUAAGAUUUAGUAAUGAUGCCAAAGUAAUUUGUAUGUUUUACAUGUUCAGUUUUGUACAUCAUGCAUUUAGGAAUACUUCCAUGGUAUGAUACUUACAAUAUGGUAUGUUUAGUAACACUGGUGUCACUUAUUAAUAAUGGUUUGUGAAAGUAUCCAGUGGUUUUUCACUCAGUGAAGCACAAAUUUCUACAGUUAAUAGAAUCACAGUAUAUGUAACAAAUGAACUGUAGUAAAAGCUGUAACACUGUUUCCAGUUAUGUGAAAAACAUUCCUUACAUGAAGUGCUGAGUUUGUGUACUUAACUUUUAUCAGAAAUAUCUGAAGUACUUGUGAUAUUUUAACAGUGAAAAUGACAUAUGCCAUUCUUUAAGCUGAUGUUUUUUACAGAUGUAGUCACGGAACUAAAAAUUUUUGGAAGAUUUUUUAUGAAGUGCAUUAAAAUAUUGUACCUCACAUUGUAUUUGGGCAAGUGCACUGUAACCUGUCUUAUGGAUGCUGGAGGAAAUUGUCAUAAUGUACAUGAAUUUGAAAUUGUGUAUUUUUGUGGGCACAGCUUUGUAGACUUAAAUGUGCUCAUUUGGCAUAGAUUUACGCUGUUCGCUGCUUAAAGAUGUAAGUCAGUCUUCACUCAUGGCAGCUAUUUUUCUCAACUUUGUAUUUAAUGCAAAUAUAUUCACUUGAUAU